AUGAGCUUCAAAGGCUUCCAGAGGAGCCUCACGCGGGCGCCGCAGCAGUUCAAGGCCAAGUUCAACAUUGGCGAACACACAAAGGACGCCGUCUACAUCGACGCCGAGCGCCGCUUCCAGGAGCUCGAGACGGAGACCAAGAAGCUCCACGAUGAGUCCAAAAAGUACUUCGACGCCAUCAACGGCAUGCUCACCCACCAAAUCGAGUUCAGCCAGGCCGUCUCCGAAAUAUACAAGCCCAUCUCCGGCCGCGUGUCCGACCCCGACUCCAUCAAGCCAGAGGGCAACCCCGAGGGCAUCCGCGCCUGCGAGGAGUACGAGGCCAUUGUCAAGGAACUGCAGGAGACGCUAGCGCCAGAGCUGGAAAUGAUUGACAGUAGGGUGAUUCGCCCGGCAAACGAGUUGCUAGACGUCAUCAAGGUCAUCCGCAAGACCGUCGUCAAGCGAGAACACAAGAAGCUCGACUACGACCGGCAUCGCCUCGCCCUCAAGAAGCUGCAAGACAAAAAGGACCGCACCCCAAAGGACGAAAAGGCCCUAUGGAAGGCCGAGAGCGACAUGGAGCAGGCCACGCAGGAAUUCGAGUACUUCAAUGACCUUCUCAAGGACGAGCUGCCCAGGCUCUUCACCCUCGAGAGCCAGUUCAUCCAGCCGCUCUUCCAGUCCUUUUACUAUAUGCAGCUCAACAUCUUCUACACGCUGCACGAGCGCAUGCAGCGUUGCGACAUUGGAUACUUUGACCUGACGCGCGAGAUAGAAGAGGCUUUUUACGACAAACGCGGCGACAUCCAAGACCGCGCCGAGGCCCUGGCCAUUUGCCGCUUCAAGACGACGGGCCGUCCACGUCCGCCCAAAUACGGAGCUCGCCCGGCCCUCGAGGGCGCCGAACACAACCCGCCCCCCCCUUACUCUCCCUUAAACAAGCCCACGAGCCCCGGCCUGUCAGCCAUCGCGGCGUCCAAACCCAAGCCGCCGCCCCCCAAGCCCAAGCCCAGCCGGCUGAGUGGCGCCCCGGCCGUGGAGACGGUGACGGCGCUGUACGACUACUCGGCACAGGCCGAAGGCGACCUGAGCUUCCGUACAGGUGAUGUCAUUGAGAUUGUGCAAAGGACACAAAACGAGAACGAGUGGUGGACUGGGCGACUGCAGGGCAAGCAGGGGCAGUUUCCAGGCAACUAUGUCAAGGCGAAUUAA